AUGCCCGGAAGACGCUCAUCCGCCGGCCGAGCUCGCGGCGCACGCCGACAGAGCGCGUCCCAGAUCCAAUGGCGACAAGCGUCCGCGACGCAAGUUGCGGAGACGGGAGGGCUUGAAGUAUCGGGGGGCAACGGCUACAUCGACCCGCUCAAGGCUAUCGACAAGCUCAAGAAACACGGGAAGGGGCUGUGGGGGAUGCAGGCUGUCGUCGCGUUUGGAAUGUCUGCGAUCGCCGUCAUUACUGGUGACAACGUCAGGUACGGCAUCACGUACUGGUACACCAACACGGCGGGUGGAGGAAAGCUACGUGAGAUGCAGUACGUCUGGGCGUUCUUCAAUACCAUGUGCGCCAUGUGCGGCGUUUGGGUAUUCCUGCUCUGGAACGAGGCCGUUGUUGGCGUCCACCGAGAUCGAAGAGUUUUCAGACAGAAGGUGCUGAUGCCUUACCUUCCAUCAAGCUUGGACGUGCGGUUUCUUAUCGUUGUCAUGCUACAAAAUACUUCUAUCCACGUGCACAUCUGGAUGUCAUACUUCACGUGGGCCUUCGGGUUAUGGACUACGGCGGUUGUGUUUGUGAGCUUCCAAACUUACUCUUUCUCCGCCAACUACCCGACGGAUCUCACUUGCGCCUUCUUUGGAGCCGUGCUGUGCUGCGCGUUGUCCGACGUGUGGGCGCUGGGAAAGCUCUGCUCGCUAGGGACUUACGCGGCAAGACUCGAAGAAGAGUGGCGGCUUGCCCCUCACGAACCGACGGCGCCUCUUGCCAUGACCGAUCCACUGCAAGAACUGUGA